AUGCAACAUAACAGAACGUUGGUUGUGUACUAUCCUAAUUCUUUCCCAGCUGUUAAUCCUGAGUGUUCUAACCAUCGCGUAACCAGAAGAUGUCCUUGGCCUGGUCUGUUUGUCGAGGUAUAUUACUGAUAUUUAGUAUAAUCAUUAUUAGUUAAAUGGCCGUUAUUUAUUUUUGUGUAAAAUAAAAGGUGUUAGUUGAUUACAAUGAAGUAGGGAAUAUAGCAAUGCUUUUCAGUACAUUCAACUGUUCAGCAAUCAUGCAAAGUACAAAACCAUCGAGUAUACGAACCCGGCAGUAGAUUACAAUGUGAACGUAAGUGAUUGGCUAAUUAACUACUACGAUGGAAAACCUGAAGUAAAAGAUGUUUAAUAUUUAACUCAAGUUUAAACAAUUUGAAUGAUUUGACAAGUUUUGUUUUUUACAAAGUUUUUUUAAAAAUAUUUUAGGAAAAAGGAGAUUGGACUGAAAUAUACGAAAUGCUCAGAAAUGGUACUAUUGAUACACUUGCGUAUGGUCUCAUGAGGACGAAUGCACGAUUGGUGGAUUAUGACUUUUCUGAUGUACUUUACAAUGUAAGAUGGCGGUGGAUUUUUGAGUUUAUUUCAAUUUCUUGCAUUAGCAGGUUACAGUAGAAAACGUAAAUUAUAACAUAUUAUAUAAUAUGAGUAUGAUAUAACGUAAAUUAAAACGUUCUCUACCUUUACACAGAAAACUAAAAUCUAACUUUUACUAUCAUGAUACCUGUAAUAGUAAGACUGAUAUUUGAGUAAAACUGUAAUUUUAGUCACCAAUAUACGCUGUGCAUCGGAAGUCAUAUGGAGAUUCCGAAACCACUUUUGCUUUCUUUACAAUUUAUGGGUUUGAUGUGGUAAUGGCAUUACUUGGUAUCAUAUUUUUGCAGAUAGUGUUCUACUGGCUGCAUUCUGUUUUGAUCGAGUGUUAUAAGGAUGUUACCUACAACACCGUUGUGGAUGUAAGUUACUAUACAAAACGUUGAAUUUGAAAUGAGGAUAGUUUAAAAAGUUCUUUGAAAUAUUUUGUGAAGAAGUUAUGUCAGACCUUUUCUACGUAAAAUACAGUAUGUUUUAGUCAGUAUGGUCGGCCUUUUCGCUACAACUUGGCCAAGCCUUGAAAACCAAAAGAAUCACGAGAGCUGUCAACUUUAAUCGUUUGAUGUUCUCCUUUAUAAAUACUCCAAUAUUAAUGGGAUUGUAUUCUACGUGGAUUGUCUCAAACAGGCUUACAGCUACUGAAGAUGGUGCUAUAUCAACAUACGACGACCUGAUAGAUGCGUUGGCAAGUAACCGGAAGUAUCUGAUACAGUACACUGGGAGUGCGGACUGGUUUUUUGAAGAGUUAGAGACGAGUCACGUGUAUCCCUUCUAUUUUAUUCGAAAAACACUUUACAGUAAGUUGAGAUAUCAAUGGUUUCUUAUUAUUACUGUAUAUUCUUACUCAUUACUUCAGUACUUAUGUAUUACUUUUUGAUCUCAUUAUUGAUUAGGUUUUAAUGAUAAAAUAUGAUUUAUUUUCAUGUUACAGACAACCCGAUUCACCGUGUAUCAAUAGACGAGGGCUUCAAUCAUUUGAAUAAUGGGGACGGUGUAGCUUUGCUUCCAGACGACUCUCAAGUGUUUCAGAAAGUAGUUGGUUUGUGUAAUCUACAGAAACUGAACGGUGCAAUUGAAGGAAUCGACCGCCGCUUUAUGGUAAGGAAAAAUAGAGCUGACCGACUGCUUAUCGACAUGAACAACUUUAUCGCACAUCACGUUCCGUCCCUCGCUCUCAUUUACAACAAGUACAAGAGUCAGCUGAUCAAGCGGAGGGGAAAGUGUGAUCAGAAGCUGCCAAAUAGUAGGUUUAUUUGGUUUUGAAAACAAGGUAUUUGAAAUGGUAAUUGAAGUGUAAUAUGUGUUAAUUGAAGGUAGCAUAUCUUAAUGCGUAUAAAUAAUAGAUGGAUAUGGGUUGGUUUAUUAUUUUAGUGAAAGUUCGAUUUUAGCUGAAAGACCGUACCGUGGAUUAAUGUAUGUAUGGCUAGCCUUAUGUGUUAUUUCUACUUGUGUAUUUGUAGUUGAAAUGAUACUUAAACUACGUGGAAAGACGCUACAUUUGCUACCGUCCAAGCGAGAAUACUUUGAACGAAGGUCUAGACUUGUCUUUGGGUAUCUGGGGCGUGCUUACAAAUGA